UUCCUUUUAGACUGACUUCAGACUUUUCUUCUCCUUCUCCCUCUUAACUCUUUUAUUACACAGCAAAAUGAAAACCCAAAGUAGGUCUCCUUGGAUUUGUUUCUUUAGCUUCCUCCUUUGUAAAACUUUCCAUAUGAAGGGAAUAUUCUUCUCAUAACCAUUUUUUUGUCUUUUUGGUCCUUAGAAUUUUGAUUGGUUUUAUGGGGAAAUUUUCAAAGUUUGGUUCUUGUUGUGGGAAAAUGUUGAAAAGUAUGGAUUUUCUGAGUUAAAAGGGAAGUAAAAGUUUUUUCCGGAGGGGAAAGAUUGAAGCUUGUUAAUCUUGUUGGUGUUAGCUGAAAUGGGUGGAAGAAAAAAGAGAGGUUUGAUAAAUGUUGAUGAAGUUGUGGACUUUUUCAACAAUAUCAUAGUGGAGAAACCUUAUCUCCCUUUGUUGAUCCCUUUGAUUUUGAUCUUCUGGGCUAUAGAGAAAUGGUUUUUCUCUUUAUCCAAUUGGGUUCCUCUUGUUCUUGCCGUUUGGGCAACUAUCCAGUAUGGUAAUUAUCAUCAUCGAAUGGUUGUUGAAGAUUUGAAUAAAAAGUGGAAGCGAGUUAUACUAAGUACAUCGCCAAUAACACCAUUGGAGCACUGUGAGUGGCUAAACAAGCUUUUAAUGGAGAUAUGGUCCAACUUCAUGAAUCCAAAGCUUUCAUUAAGGUUUCAAUCCAUUGUUGAGAAACGCUUGAAACAUCGCAAAUCACGGCUUAUUGAAAAAUUAGAAUUGUUGGAGUUUUCACUAGGUCCAACUCCACCUUGCUUGGGUCUUCAUGGGACUCGCUGGUCAACUUCUGGUGAUCAGCGAGUUAUGCGCUUGGGUUUUGACUGGGACACAACAGACAUCAGCAUCAUGUUGCUUGCCAAGGUGGCCAAACCAUUUUUUGGAACUGCAAAGAUUGUUAUAAAUAGCCUUCACAUCAAGGGUGAUCUUCUCUUGAUGCCUAUUCUGGAUGGGAAAGCAAUUUUAUACUCGUUUUUAUCUACUCCUGAAGUAAGGUUAACAGUUGCCUUUGGCAGUGGGGGAAGCCAAUCACUACCUGCAACAGAGCUGCCUGGUGUUUCUUCUUGGUUGGUUAAACUUUUGAGUGACACCUUAGCUAAGACAAUGGUUGAACCUCGCCGUCAAUGUUUCUCAUUACCAGCUGUAGAUUUAAGGAAGAAGGCUGUUGGUGGUAUUAUUUAUGUGACAGUCAUUUCUGCAAGUAAACUUUCUAGGAGUAGCUUGAGAGGAAGCCUAUCAAGAAGGCAACCAAGUUUUGCUGUAGAUGGUUUACAAGAGUACUGUGAAGAUCAAGAUCUACAGACAUUUGUUGAAGUUGAGUUAGGAGCAUUAACCAGAAGAACAGAUGUGAGGCCAGGCUCCAGCCCUCAAUGGGAUUCAACAUUUAACAUGGUUUUACACGACAAUACUGGAACUGUUCGAUUCCACCUGUAUGAGCGUACUCCUGGCAGUGUGAAGUAUGACUAUCUAGCAAGUUGUGAGAUUAAGAUGAAGUAUGUUACAGAUGAUUCGACCACCUUUUGGGCAAUAGGACCAGAGUCUGGUGUAAUAGCCAGGCAUUCUGAAUUUUGUGGCAAAGAAGUCGAAAUGGUUCUUCCAUUUGAAGGGGUCAAUGCAGGGGAGCAGUUGGCAGUGAGGCUUGUGGUAAAAGAAUGGCAAUUUUCUGAUGGUUCUCUUAGCUUCAACAACUUCGUUGUCAGUUCACAACCAUCGCUGAAUGGUUCGUCAAAUUUCCUUUCAAGAACUGGAAGGAAAAUUAAUGUAACUGUUGUGGAAGGGAAGGAUCUUAUUACAAAAGACAAAUCUGGAAAGUGUAACCCAUAUGUUAAGUUGCAGUAUGGAAAGGUUCUCCAGAAAACAAAGACAGCACAUUCUUUUAAUCCAAUUUGGAAUCAGAAGUUUGAGUUUGAUGAAAUAGGAGGUGGUGAAUACCUGAAGAUAAAAUGCUACACUGAAGAGGUCUUUGGAGAUGACGGCAUUGGUUGUGCACGUAUAAGUCUUGAGGGACUGAUAGAAGGGUCAGUGAGGGAUGUGUGGGUCCCUCUUGAGAAAGUGAAUUCCGGAGAACUAAGGAUCCAGAUAGAAGCAGUUAGCAUCGAUGGCUGUGAAGGAUCAAGGGGUUCUGCAUAUCCUGGCAAUGGUUGGAUUGAACUUGUGCUUGUUGAAGCAAGAGACUUAGUAGCCGCUGAUCUAAGGGGGACAAGUGAUCCAUAUGUGAGGGUGCAGUAUGGAAACUUGAAGAGACGAACGAAGGUUAUGUACAAAACAUUGAAUCCUCGCUGGCAUCAAACUUUGGAAUUCCCUGAUGAUGGUAGUCCUUUAGAGUUGCAUGUGAAAGACCACAAUGCCUUGCUACCAACAUCUAGCAUAGGGGAUUGUGUUGUAGAAUAUCAGAGACUGCCACCAAAUGAGAUGUCUGACAAGUGGAUACCGCUUCAAGGGGUCAAAAGGGGAGAGAUUCAUGUUCAAGUUACGAGAAAAGUUCCAGAACUAGAGAAGAGACCUAGUCUGGACCCUGAACCAUCUUUAACAAAAGCACGUCAUAUAUCAAGCCAGAUGAAGCAAAUGAUGAUCAAACUUCAAUCUUUAAUUGAGGAUAGCAACCUUGAAGGAAUCUCAACUCCAUUGAGUGAACUAGAAACUCUUCAAGAUAUGCAAGAAGAAUACAUGGUACAGCUUGAAACUGAGCAGAUGCUUCUACUCAACAAGAUAAAGGAGCUUGGUGAGGAAAUUAUGAACUCAUCACCUUCUCUAACCAGAAGACUUUCUCGAAGUUGAGGCAAAUCUUUACUUUCUGAAUUUACACGUUAAGAUUAUUUUUCUACCAAUAAAGUUUUGCUUAGACAGAAAACCUUAUAGGUAAGAUCAUGUAUACCACACUUACCUAAUAAUCAUCAUAGAACAUUCCAGCUCCCUUCUGUGUAGUUGUAUAUGGGUGCAUAAUCUAUUUUUUGGCAGCAAAUGAAGAAUAGGCAUCAAGCUUCAUAGUACUUGCCCUCCUUUUGAAUUUCUGUUGCUAAGCAAUGUGGAUCUAUCUUCCUGUUUAGCAAGCAUGCUACAUGAUGGACAGCUAACCAAGUCAUUAGAAGAUGUAAUGGUGGGUGAUUUUUCACCUCUGUGAUGCUUAUGAAGAAAGAAGAAUCUCAAUCGCAAGAACAUUGCAUCUUGAUCUUUGUGUUUAGAUGUUAAGACUGUCUUAGUGCUCUCCUUUUUUUUUUUUUUUUUAAACAUUUCCUAGCUUGUAGAUGCACUCGCAAGGUUUCAAGUAAUUUUCGACCUAUAAGUUUCCUUCUAAAACAGUGAUGGAUGCUGCUUUUUCAUUGAGCAACUUACCAUUGGGACUGAAGCAUAUUAUUAUAUAAUUGUUUCAAUUAAGGUAUGUAUUGUUACUUACGAUUUUGGCAGUCUAACAAGCAUCUAUGCUGCAAAUAUUGAAUUCACCAAAGUUGUACGUUUGUGGAAUGCAUGUUUGAGCUGAAAUCUGUAGGUGAACUCUGUGGUUAUGCAACCAUUGCAAAUGGCUAAUGCCUCUUCAAGUGGUUCAAAUAUGCAAAUGGUAGCCGGGUUAAAGUCCUAAAUAAAUUUGAUUAAUUUAGGCUGCAAGUCAUAAAUUCCAAUAAUCAUAAUUUAAUCCCUGAUACCUCAAACCAAAAAAGUAGAAAGGGCAUUUUUUUUUUAAGGCAAAAGCAAUAUGCACUAAUAAGCAAUACAUAAUCCAUAACUAAUGGGAAAUUUUAAUCACAGUGAAUAAUGCUUAC